GCGAGCAGAUCUGUGGGAAAAGGCUCCCCGGCUAUCGAGGUAACUACCGGGAGGAUAACUGUCUCGCCUUAGACGACCGGCCCUGUGUUGUCAUCGACGAAUGCAGUGAGGAGACUGGCGGCAGGGAUGGUGGUCUCAUCUGCCCCAUCGGACAAAGCUGCGUCAACAAACCAGGCUCCUUCGAGUGUGUGCAGGACUGUGGCGAGGGUCUGCGUCUCUCAGCCUCGGGCGAAACCUGCGAAGGUACGUUGCUCAACAGGCACGCUACUCCACCUACCCCUUUUUAAGUACUCAAUUGACUGUUUGAAUUUAGGUCAGAUAGUGAACACACGCGUGCUUUUGAUAAAUUCUUGUCGUGUCAGUACCUUUAUAUGA